AGGAAGACAGCCCAGUGAAGAAGGGACACCCGGACCAGUCCGGCAGACUGAAUAGGAUCAGGAGGCGCCUAGCGGUCUUUGAAGCAGUUGGCAUGUUGUGACAUCUCGGUUCUCCAAAGCCCUCCCUUGUGAAGUGUGAUGCAGGCCUCUUUAUGGUGAACGGAAGGAACAGAGGCAUAGAAUAAAGGAAAUAAAGGGGGGAAGGAAAAGGUUGAGAAAGAGAAGUGUAGGGGAAAGAGAAAGGGAUCAGAAAAGCAGAAGAAGAAGUUGGGGGGCUGCACCCCAUCCUGAUGAAAUAGAUACCUCAUUGGAAAUCUUGAAUCUUUCCAGCUCCAUCCUAAACCUGUUUACUCAGAAGUCUACCCUACAAAAUAAUUGUAUAAGAAAGCUAUUGAGUGCUCUUCCUGCAGAACAAUUCCAGUUGACGGAACGCCUCAUCCAACUAACCAGCAAGUAUUUAGACUUUCUUAUUCCAGUAUUUUGACUGACUUUGGUUUUGGAGAAGCUGUCACCAUGAAUUUCUUGCGAAGGCGCUUCUCCGACAGCAGUUUUGUGGCCAACUUGCCAAAUGGCUACAUGAUGGACCUUCAGCGUCCUGACAGUUCCACCAGCAGUCCUGUUUCCCCGGCAACAGAGAGAAGGCAGCAGCCCUUGCAGCCUCUUCCUCCUCUUUCUUCUGGCACCAGCAUCUUCAGUUCCAUCUCCAGUGCCAUGAAGCAGACCACACAAGCAGCAGCUGGACUGACUGAGCCAACAGCAAGCCCCACUCCGGUUGUCCAGCAGAAACCCCAAGUCCUCUUAGUCAUUGAUGAUGCACACACAGAUUGGGCUAAGUAUUUUCAAGGAAAGAAGGUGAAUGGGGAAUCUGAGAUCCGCGUGGAACAGGCAGAGUUUUCAGAACUGAACCUGGCUGCUUAUGUGUCUGCUGGCUGCACGGUGGACAUGCAGGUCAUUAGGAAUGGGAGUAAGGUGGUCAGAUCCUUCAAGCCUGACUUUGUUCUGAUCCGGCAGCACGCUUACAGCAUGGCCCUUGGAGAGGACUUCCGCAGCCUUGUCAUUGGCCUCCAGUAUGGUGGUGUCCACAGUGUCAAUUCUUUUUUCUCCAUCUACAAUUUCUGCAGCAAGCCCUGGGUGUUCUCUCAGCUAAUUAAAAUCUUCAAUUCUCUGGGUCCUGAGAAGUUCCCUCUUGUGGAGCAAUCAUUCUUUCCAAGCCAUAAGCAGAUGCUCGCAACUCCAACUUUCCCUGUUGUCAUCAAGCUGGGGCAUGCUCAUGCAGGAAUGGGGAAGGUUAAAGUUGAGAACCAGCAUGACUUCCAAGAUAUUGCAAGCGUGGUAGCCAUGGCCAAAACGUACGUCACAACGGAGACCUUCAUUGACUCCAAAUAUGAUAUCCGAAUCCAGAAAAUUGGCAACAAUUACAAAGCUUACAUGAGAACGUCGAUCUCAGGAAACUGGAAAGCAAACACAGGUUCUGCUAUGCUGGAGCAGAUCGCCAUGACUGAGAGGUAUCGACUCUGGGCAGACUCUGUGGCAGAGAUGUUUGGUGGCCUUGACAUUUGUGCAGUCAAAGCUGUCCACAGCAAGGAUGGCAAGGACUAUAUCAUUGAGGUGAUGGACAGUUCAAUGCCCCUGAUAGGGGAGCACGUGGAAGAAGACAGGCAGCUAAUUGCAGAUCUGGUUGUCUCCAGAAUGACUCAGAUGGUCCUGACAGUGGGAUCUUCUCCUUCGCCUCUGAGGCCUUGGCCUCAGCAGGUAUCAGCGAAAUUACAGACACAGCCUCAACUUGGACCACUUUCCCAACCCCGACCGCCUCCUCAAGGGGGCCCGCGCCAGCCUCAGGGAUCACAGCCUCCACGCACAGCAGCUCCACCCCAGCAAAGGCUGUCUCCACAGGGCCAACAACCUCUGAGUCCCCAGUCUACCUCACCACAGCAACAGCGAUCUCCUGGCUCUCCCCAGCAAACCAGAUCAUCCGCUGGAAGCUCACCUAGCCAACCCGCCAAACCAGGCAUCUUCCCCCCACACCAGCCGAGACCCCCAGCCCAAGGACGAGCUCCUAGCCUGCAAGGCUCUGGUGAACCAUCCAGGCAGCAGGCCCCUCCUCAUCCCCAUCUAAACAAGUCACAGUCCCUGACGAACACCUUCAGCCUCUCGGAAUCUUCUCAGAGGGGAAACCCCAAUGAGGAUGAAGCAAAAGCAGAAACCAUCCGCAACCUGAGAAAAUCAUUUGCUAGCCUGUUUUCUGAUUAAUCUCUUUUCCUUCUGUCACAGCAUUGUUUUUGUUUUAAUUUAUUUAUUUGCAAACUCUGAAAUGUUUUUAUAUCCCAUCAAUGGAGUUUCUUGCCAAGGGGCCCAAAUCACACAGAAAGCAAAGUACUGUCCAACAAGCAGUGACAUUUUGCUCACACCCAUUCCUGUUGGCCCUGCUUCACACCCAUGUACCUUUCAACCCCUAAAUAGUACAUGCUCAUAUGAAUUGGCAUGAUACAUGAAAUCUCUGGCCCAUGUAUUGUUAAACACUUUCACAGCUGGAAUCAACUGGCUGUUGUGAGCUCUUGGGCUGUGUUGCCAUAGACUGCCUAACAUUUUGCUCGUAUCUAUGGCUGGCAUCUUCAGACACAUGUCACAGUAAGAUGUACAAGACACAUAUCUUACCGUAACAUGCCUAUGAAGAUAGGACAAGACAGAAAAACGAAAUAGCGAGCAAGGAGCAACCUGCCAUAGCUUCAAGAACGAGCAAGGAGCAACCUGCUAUACCUGCAAGAACAAGUAAGGAGCAACCUGCUAUAUCUGUAUUGGCUACAAACUAAGCUUAGCUACUGACUAACGAUAAAAGACAAAAUAUAGUAAGUGCUCUAUUUAAUAAGAGUGCUUUGGAAGGGCAAUGAGUACAAACCUAUCAAAUACAAUAUAAAACAUACAAUAACAAUACUCACAGACUGGCAAGACACAUGAAGUGCUAACCAGCGAGCAAGCACUGAAAUUCAAGGUGGGUAAAUGCAGAAGUCCUGAUACAGCAAGUCUCUGACAGUUCAGUGAAGGUGCCUUCCCACGUUACCACAUAUCUCACCGGAAAGUAAAUGCAAGGGAUGAUGUUUCCAUGUGAGUAACACAUAACUCGGUAAAUAAAGUAAGGGGUGCAUGGGAAACUCUGGAUUGGACCCCAUUUCACUGGGGAAAACAGCUUCAUCCGCAAAAUAGCAUUUCUAAAGCUUGCCCAUUGCAAGGAUACAGAAGUCAGGCCACUGGCAAACAUAGCUCUGCUUGUACAAAGUGUAGGGGUUAACCACUAUUAGUGUCAUCUUGUAAAAAUAAAGACUCUGAUAGUGCCUAGCCCUACACUAUUUACUGAGUUACAUGUAUAUUGUAUUUGAUAGGUUUGCACUCAUUUCACUUUCACAGCACUCUUAGGAAACUGAGCACUUAUUAUAUCUUUGUCUUUUAUUGUGAGUUGGUAGCUAAGCUUAGGCUCCUUCCGCACAUACAGAAUAAUGCACUUUCAAUCCACUGUGCAGCUGUGCGGAAUAGCAAAACCCACUUUCAAACCAUUGUGAAAGUGGAUUGAAAAUGCAUUAUUCUACAAGUGUGGAAAGGCCCUACGUUUUUAGCCAAUACACUUAUAGCAUAUUGAUCCCUGCUGGCCCAUGCAAGCCUAUGAAGAUGCCAGCCGUAGUUACAGCCAAAAUGUUAGGAGCUAAAACUACCACACUACAGCCACACAACCCGGAAAACCCACAAUAAUUUGGCCAUUAUGCUAAAUGUAAGGGUUUAAACUCCCACAUUUUAUGGGUUGGAUCCCAUGACUCUUUCCAACUGAGAAGCUUUCCUUGUUCAGAGGAAUGAGCACUAUCAGAUCCACCCCAUGUUGCCUACUCAUCUUACAAUGUACUUCAAGUUUUCCAAAGUAUUGCACAACUACUGUUAUCAUUUGCCUGUACACUUGUAGGACUGUAAGAUAAGUGUAUUGAUGACAGGCAGCUGUAAGUAAUGCACAGUCCCAUGGCCUCACUGUCCAUUCACCUUAUCCAUUUUGCUGUCUGUCUGAACAAGCUCAGAGUAUGCAGUCGGAGUCCUUCCAACAUGCCUACAUGGCUUUAAAAAAACACACAGUAGUAACGAAAAUAUGUAAUAUAAUGUCUUCUAUUAAUGACCACUCUGUGCUGGUGAAAGGGCAUAUACAAGCCUUUGAAUUAACAUUAACAAAAGGGAACUUAGAUGCACACAUUUAUCAAGAUCUGAACCAACAAAGCUUACAUUAUGACCCCUGCAUAAUCCAGUAUUUCAGACUGGACGCAGCUGAGAAUUUUUGUUCCAUAUCAGAUUCAAGAUUACCAAAGGAAUAGUUAGAGGUAAGGUCAGUAUGACUAUGGGGUGUAGUAAACCUACCACUUCUAGGAGGUGGAUCUGAGCAAGGUUUGAGAUAAUUUGCACCCACACAAUGCAGCAACAGGAUCUUCCAGGAGUGGCAAAACCCUAGAUAACAAACAAUGCUUUAAAGCAGAAGACAAGAAUGCAUUUGCUUCCCUCUGGAUUCUAGCUGGGGGUUUUUUCCCCUGCAGUACAAAUGUAGUAAGGCUUUGGGGGCAAGGCUUCGUAGCAGCCAGCAAAACAAAGGAACAGGGAGGAAAAGACGGCCCACUGGCACAAGCCAAGCUGUUCCAUUCUCAUUUUAAAACAGGAUGUUUUGUUUCCUUUCUAUAUCAUAACUAUGCAACUCUAAAGUAAACAGGACAGCAUUCUUUCUCCACACUUCUGCUAGAAAUAGCAGAGCAGGAUUGUCUAGGACUUCCACAAAGUAGUCCCCUUCUCUAAAAUGAAUGAGAAUAAACAUGCCCAAGGUUCCAUGAAAACCACACUAUCCCUUCCUUGUGUGAGCAGAUUGUGCUUACUCAGCAAUUUUUAAAGCAAUAAAUUCUAUAUUGAACCCAGCAGCCCUCUGCUUAAUGUUGCUAACUAUCUAAGCCAGUGGUUCCUAACCCUUUUCACUCUUGGCAACCCAUUUCCCUAAAACUGUACCCCCAUAUUAGCAAACCCAUUGCAUAUUUUAUUUCAUGUACCCUCGAAGACUCUGGCACAUACCGCAGUGUAGGAACCACUGAAUUAAGCCCUAUCCUGCACAGCUAGCCUGAUCUUGUUGGAUCUCAGAAGUUAAGCAGAGUCAACCCUGGUUAGUAUUUGGAUGAGAGACCUCAGAGGAAAGCCAGAGUCACGACAGAGAGGCAUGCAAUGGCAAACUUCCACUGGACAUCUCUUGCUUUGAAAACCCUACGGGGUUGGCAUAAAUCAGCCGUGAGCUGACUGCACACACCUGCGAGGCACACGCACGAGCCCAGGUACUAUUUACAUUGCACCCUACAAAGUUUGCCAUGCUAUGUUACGUAUACGUUUCAUCGAGUAAGCAGAGAUCAAACAGCCAUCUUUUGAAAGUUUUUAGCAGUGAUCUGAAUAGCAUUACUUUAAGGAACAGCUCCACAUUUAAAUUAUGGAAGGCCAGGAUCUUUACAUCUCGCAUUUAAAGGAGCCAUAGCUUUGCUCUCUGUUCAGCAAUCUUGUGCUACUCAACACUGUACAUUCAGAGCAGCAAGGUAAAAUUUCAUCUUUUUUCAAAAUGUCUGUCCAGCAAAAGCAAUUUGUACAAGUUCAACAUUGUGUCUGCCACUUAGGUUAGCAGUACAGAAGACUGUCCUGUGCACUGCCCAUAGGAUCAUGGUCUCAGAGAUUACCAAUAGUCUGAAAUUGUAUAGAACAGCCAUAGUUUUCUAAGCAAUUGCACCUUACCCUCCAUUUAGCCUACCUCACAGGGAGAGACGGAACAUUUUAUGCACCGAACAUUGCUGCAGAAAGGACGAAACCUCCCAGCAGCACUCUGCUUCGCCAGUGAAACUUAUGAUAGAAUUGGGCAAGGGAGGAGGGAACUUGUGUAGCCCGGACUCUCCCUAGCCACAUAGUGCUUUGAACUGGGUCAGGGAGCAACGUGCUACUACAGUAUAGCGGGGCAAGAUUUUCCAUGCCCCAGUUCAAAGCAUUAUGCAGAUAAAGAAAAUCUCACACGUCUCCCCUCCUUACCCAGCAUCCCUCAAAGGACAAACAGGAUAGAGAAGACCGUGGCCCAUUGCCAGGGCAUUAGCUUGUACUUGGUCGUAAUAAUUAGGCAGCUUCAGGACACCCUGAAGCUGGCAUUAAAUGGCACAACAGGUGGCGGCCACCAAUUUAAGAAUCCAGUUGCACUUUGUGCUCCAUACGACUGAAGUUAGAAAAAGCAGCUGCUGGAGGGAAAAGAUACAUUUCAUAUGAAGUUGGCACUACGCUCUUAAGAAAGCGUGAUUCCUAAAACAGCUCGUAAAAUCUAGCAUGGGGAAU